ACAGGAGGGUUGACACUUAGCCUGAGAGUCAGCUGCCCUACAGACUGCACCACAUUGUGCUCUGUAAAAUACACCCACACUGAUGAUGUGUGUGUUUCUCUCUGCAGAUGCUGACGGUGUGUACACAGUGAGUAAAGUAGCUGUACAGAGUGGAAAAUCUGUCACCAUCCCAUGUGUCUAUGAUAGAGAAUAUGACUAUCACGUGAAAUACUGGUGUCAUGGGUCAAACUGGAAUUUUUGUAAAACUGUAGUACGCACUGACUCUCCUAAACGUACUGGUAAAACAUCAAUCACUGAUGACCCCACCCAUCAUGUCUUCACUGUUAACAUGACAAUGCUGACAACCUGGGACUCUGGAUAUUACUGGUGUGUUGUAGAGAUCCAGCGCGGUGGAGAUAAGGGAGCAUAUCUGAACCUGUCAGUCAUUGCAGACACUCCUGGACUCUGGGUUGAGCAGCAGGAAGUGGCCGGUGUGGAAGGGGGCCAUGUCAGUGUGCCGUGUCAGUAUAAUGAACCGAGCAGCAUGAAGAAGUGGUGCAGGAUAAAGGGCUCCUGUCUGGAAGUGAAUUCUGGUGAAUCUGGAAGAUCAGAGAUGAAAGAUGACCACUCUAAAAAGGUUUUUACUGUGAGGGAGCUGAACAUGGAGGACACAGGCUGGUAUUGGUGUGCUGCUGGAGAACUACAGAUCCCUGUUCACCUCACUGUCACUCAGAAAACUACAACUACCACAGUCACCACACGUGCACACCAGUGCUGA